AUGUGUCCACCUAUCUCCGGUGCUGCAGCCGCAGCCAGCGCGCCCUCUAGCUCCAAUCGUGCAGGCACGGAUGAGCGCGCAUUAGAGCACAUACCCAACGACGACCUCUCCCGUAACGUUUAUAGCUACGCUGCCAAUAAUUUACACCCUUUGAUCCUAGCUCACAGCUUGCGCGUCUACCUCUUCGCCAAAGCUCUCGCUGAACGCGAACACUCCGACUGGGCCACUCCCGACCGCCUACCCCUACUUUUUACAGCAUGCAUAUGCCACGACAUGGGCACCUGCGCCUCGCACGACGGACCCCAGCGCUUCGAAGUCGAAGGCGGCGAUGCUGCAGUCUCACUCCUCACCCACCACGGCGGCAAUGUCUCGGAACAGGAUAAGCACGAAGUCUGGGUCGCCAUCGCUCUGCAUACUUCUCGUGGAAUCGCUGAACGUAUCUCUCUUCUCGCCCGUCUGGUUCGGUUGGCGGUUGGGAUGGAUUUCAAGCUUUCUGCUGCGAUGCCGCUUACGACUGCGGAGGAGGUUCAGAGGUUUGAGGGGUUGUUCCCGCGUGGGGAGAUUGAGAAGGUGCUGGGUGAUGCUGUCACGGAUCAGGUUCUCGGGAAGCCGGAUGAUGAGGGAAGGGGUGUUAAGGCGCCUGGAGCUAGUUGGCCUGGUGAUUUGGUUAGGGGGAAGGCGGAAAACCCAGAUUGGGAAGGGGUGAACAAGGCUUUCUGA